GAUCUUAGGCUACAGCUCCCCCUCCCCCACGGUGACCUCACAAAGGUUACUAGCUACUCCUCAGACACAGAGACCCACUGUGAUGGCCCCUGUUGCCCUAGUGGGGAGCAUCGCCCUGUUGUUCCCGCUGAUCUUCAGGGCGUCCACGUGGGCAUGUCUCUUCUGCUUCACCACCCAUGAGGAACGCCUUCGUCUCUGCCAGCUGUUUGUGGGCACAGAGGGCCCCAAGCUGGGCCAGUGUAAAGACGCACUCACAGCUGCCUUUGAGGGUCUCUCAGAUGUGGAAAUCAACUAUGACGAGAGGGGGCACCUUCAUGAUGCUUUCACACAGAUGACACUCGCCCUCCAGGAGGUGGCUGCAGCUCAGGGGUCCUUUAAGGCUGCCUUCCCUAUUGCUGCAGCAAAAAUGAAGAAGACCAUUCAACAGCUUAAAAAAGUCCAGGACUGCAUCCCUCCUUGUGGCGUCCAGGAGGUCAGUAGGCGUUUCUACUGCUGGGGCUGCUUUUCCACAGUCUGUGACCUCCCUCUAGACUGUCCAGUUCAGGACUUGACGGUGAAGCGAGGGGAUCAGGCUUUGUUUUCUUGUGUCGUGGGCUUCCAGUUGCCUGAAUCGGAAAUCACUUACUCAUGGAAAUUCGCGGGAGGAGGUCUUCGGACUCAGGACGUGUCCUACUUCCGUGAUGUGCCAGGGGCCCACGGGUACCUGGCGCGGAUCCGGCCAGUGCAACCCACCCACCGCGGGACCUUCUCCUGCGUGAUCCUGCACGACCAACGACCCCUGGCGCGGCUCUACUUCUAUCUGAACGUGACCGGCCCUCCUCCGCCUGGGGAGACUGAGCUCCAGGUCACGUUCCGGGAAGUGAUACAUUGGACGCCGCGGGAGGCGGAAAUGAUCGAGCCCUGGAGGCCCAGCCUAAGCGAACUGCUUGCCAGGCCCCAGGCUCUGACGCUUGGCAACCUGUUCCUGCUCGCGGCUGUUGCUGCACUCGUGUCUGCUAGCGUCACUGUGCUAGUGUGGGUGUUUUUUCGAUGGUACUUAAGUGGCAGCUAACGAGGAUAUCUGCCCUGAUUUGACAUUCUUCCCUGAAAUAAAGAAUGUAUUUCAGUUCUGGAUUCUCGUUUGUUUUCUGUUUUUUUGUUGUUGGUUUUGCG